AUGUUCACGCCGGAGUGUAAGUUCAAGGAGUCCGUGUUUGAGAACUACUACGUGAUCUACUCGUCCACUGUGUACCGGCAGCAGGAGUCGGGCCGGGCCUGGUUCCUUGGGCUCACCAAGGAGGGGCAGGUCAUGAAGGGCAACCGAGUCAAGAAGACCAAGCCCUCCUCGCACUUCGUGCCCAGGCCCAUUGAAGUCUGUAUGUACAGGGAGCCGUCACUGCAUGAGAUAGAGGAGAAGCAGCGCUCCAGGAAGAGCUCAGGGACUCCCACCAUGAAUGGAGGGAAAGCUGUCAAUCAGGACUCCACAUAGCAUCAGGGGGCGGGGCUUCCAGAAGGGAGGGGGGGAAUGGCCCCCUCCUGACUCAAAAGGAGGGCCCAUAGGAAAACGACCCCCUACCCCCACCCCACCCCCCCCGAAUACACACCACCACAACCUCGGUCCAAAGAGGGGAGACGCCGUGACCACAAGGAGCUGUUACUUUACACCCACGACAACAAAACGCAGAACUGAACUCUUGCCUGUGAAAAAUCUUUUAGAUGAAUUAUCACGAAACCGGAGGAUAAGAGAAAAGAAGGAGGAAAAAAAAAACCCGAACAUUUUCAAUCAGGACUUGACCUACAUUUUAUGCAAAAAAGAGAAAAAGCUGUGACAAACAAACCAAGGAACGGUUGUCUCUUUACACAAAUACCAAUAUCUAUCGUUUCCAAAUUAUCCUGUG